CGUCUUCCUCAAUCAUUCAUCUUCAAUAAUUGCAUUUUGGAGUCCGUAUAUACAUUUGUUUUAUUAUUGUACUAUUGCAUAUAUCUCCAUUGCUCAAACCUGAAAAGUGCUUACACCAUUUUAAUUUCUUCUGUUGACAAAUGUGGAGCAACCUCCCCUCUGAUCUCCUAGCUAAAGUCUUCUCAUUUCUUUCCCCUGACUCCUUGGCACGUGCCCGGUCAACUUGCCGGCAAUGGCACAUGUGUGCUGAUUCAUAUCCAUCCAUCGUUCCCCAACACCAGCCACCAUGGUUUGUAGCUCUUCCUACACGUAACCGAGAAUUAAGUUGUUAUGUUCAUAAUCCGGUUACAAAGAGGUGGCAUGUGCUAUCUCUUGAGUUUUUAUCCAAUCCGAUUCGACCCGUUGCUUCUAUUAGUAGUCUAGUCCUUGUAAGAGUGACAAAUUCUACACUUCUGGGUAUUUGUAAUCCUUUCACUAGGCAAUUUAGGCACCUUCCUCUGUUAAAUGUUGCCAGGACUAAUCCAGCCAUUAGUGUUGUUCUUCCAUGCUCAACCCAAUUUAGAGUCUACGUGGCAGGCGGAAUGUCAGAGGCUCCACGUGGUGGUGCCACGUAUGAACCGACAUUGGAAAUGUAUGAUUCGACACAUGACACUUGGCAAAUUAUAGGUCCUAUACCAAUGGAAUUCGCGGUAAGGCUGACAGUUUGGACACCUAAUGAGAGUGUCUACUCUAAUGGAGUACUAUAUUGGAUAACAUCAGCUAGAGCCUAUAGUGUUAUGGGAUUUGAGGUUGGAUCCAACAAAUGGCAAGAAUUGAGUGUACCAAUGGCAGAUAAGCUCGAAUUCGCCACGUUGGCGCAACGCAAUGGGAUAUUGACACUUGUCGGAGGCACAUGCGGUGAUGAUGCUUGUAUAUGGGAGCUAAAUGAAAGAGACAAUUGGUGUUUAAUUGAAAAGGUACCAAUUGAACUGGGAUUGAAACUUAGAAAGGGUAAGGCAAGUUGGUGUAGGACUAAAUGUGUAGGUGGUGAUGGGUCAAUUUGCUUGUAUAAAGAACUAGGGUCAGGGAUGGUAAUUUGGAGAGAAGUUGGAGGGAAGAGAAAAUGGGAAUGGUUUUGGGUUGAAGGGUGUAAUUUAAUUAAUGAUUGUAAGGAAGUGCGAAGUAUGCCAAUUAGAGGUGUGCUAAUUCAACCAAAUAUUUCUUCUUCAUGCAUUUUUCAUUAAAUAAAACCCAUAUUGUUUUCUA